AUGGCGCACAAGGAGGCCUAUCUCUUUUGUUCUUCAAAAGGCAUUGCCGACGAACAACUUGCGAAAGCUGAGCAGGAGAGGGGCCGGAAGCGCGAAAGGACGAGCGAGGAGCCCGAGGCUGCGGGGGCAUCGAAGAGGAUCCGAUCUGCAUCCGUCUCUUCCACAAUAUCCGUCUCUACCAUAUCUACAAAUAUGACACGAUCCCAAUCCCCUCGCCGAUCCAAUUCAGGCGGAAAACGCAGGCUUGGAUCACCAAGUCUGUCACAAUCACCAUUUCCCAACGAUUCGAGUCGCCAGGACCGGAGAUUCCCUAGCGUCUCGAGGUCGCCCCCAUCCCAACCUAAGGCUAUGGAUCGAGAAAAGAAACGGAGGCGGAGUUCUUUCUCGUCCGUGGAUUCAAUUUCUUCUGACGAUAGGAGAGACAACAGGCGGGACUCUAGACGGCGGGAUAGUAGCCGCAGCACCCGAAGGAGAUAUCAACAUAUGAGCCCUCCCAUGAGAGGCAGAAGGACCGAGAGCACAAGUCCGAAGAGGGAAGCAAGAAGGAUACCGUCGGACCGGGAUCCUUCGCGAGAGGACUUCGGGAAUGGCGGGGGUUCUCAUCGUAAUGAUUUCAAGGACCACCAACCUCCUGCGAGAGAGAGGAGCUUAAGCCCUUUCAGCAAAAGAUUGGCCCUCACCCAAUCUAUGAAUAUGGGGCGAUGA